UCCGCACGGCCGUCCGUAGGCCGUCCAAGAUGGCAGCCUUGGAAGAAGAGUUCACGUUGUCUACCGUAGUCCUAAGUGCUGGCCCUGACGGACUCCUCGGCGUGGAGCCGAGCAACAAGACAGACCAGUUUCUGGUGACGGACAGCUGCAGGACGGUCGUCCUCUAUAAGGUUUCUGAUCAGAAACCCUUGGGAAGCUGGUCAGUGAAACAAGGUCAAUCUAUAACAUGUCCAGCUGUAUGCAACUUUCAAACUGGAGAAUAUAUCAUUGUACAUGAUAAUAAGGUUUUGAGAAUAUGGAAUAAUGAAGAUGUAAACCUGGAAAAAGUAUUUAAAGCUACAUUGUCAGCUGAGAUCUAUAGGAUACACUCAAUACAAGGGACAGAGCCAUGGGUCCUAUUCAAAGAAGGGGCUGUCCGUGGAUUAGAGGCCUUGCUUGCAGAGCCCCAGCAGAAAAUCGAAACUGUCAUCUCUGAUGGAGAAGUGAUUAAGUGGACAAAGCUUUUCAUGGUAUAUAGACAUCCUGUUUUAAUUUUUGUUACUGAAAAACUUGGCAAUUAUUUUGCUUAUGUACAAAUGUGCAAAUCACAUAACUUAACAAAAUAUGCACUCAUACUUGGACAAGAAGAAAAAUCAGUUACACCAAAUUUUACUGCACAUGUAGAUCGGAAGUUCAUCUAUUUGAUGUCAUUAUGCUGUGAUGGCUGCAUAUAUGAAACCUUGAUACCAAUAUAUUCAAGCGACGUGGAAAGGGACCAGCGGGUUGUUAGCUCACUAUUGCUCAAGACUGUGGUGACAGCUAGUGCUCGAAAUGGUGUUGGGCUCACUGCCCUGGAUUCAGAUCACGUGGCAGUCCUGGGGUCUCCACUGCCAGUUUCUAAGGAAUGCCUUUCCAUAUGGAACACAAAAUUUCAAACAUUACAGACUUCAAAAGAGCUACCACAAGGGACCAGUGGACAACUCUGGUAUUAUGGGGAAAAUUUGUUUAUGUUACACGGGAAGUUUCUAACUGUGAUUCCAUACAAGUGUGAAGUUUCAUCAUUGGCAGGUGCCCUGGGGAAACUCAAGCAUGAUCAAAAUCAAGACCUUCAGGCCAUGCCCCAUUUUGCAAACUGGGAAGCCUCUCAGGAAUUGGGAUUUGGAUCCUACAAGUCAGAGCCGUCAAGGAAAAUGGUAAGGAGAAGGAAAAUGGAAACACAUUUGCAGCCAGAAGGCCCAGCAUGUGAACAACUUUUAUCAGCCAUAAAGAAAGCUUCUGAGAAACAUAUUGAAGUAGAACUGCGCAAAUUUCUGGCUAAGUGGACCCCUGACUUCCAUAGUGUCAUCGGAGACUUAGUAACAGGACUUCUGGGAAGAUGUAAAGCAGAACCAUCCUUUUAUCCUCGGAACUGCCUCAUGCUGCUCAUCCAAACUCGUGUGCUUUCCUACAGCUUGUGUCCCGGAUUAAUGGAGCUUGCCUUAGAACAAACAGAUGUGCAGAUGUUACAGCUCUGUCUACAGCAGUUCCCUGACGUUCCUGAGUCAGUCACCUGUGCUUGCUUAAAAGUUUUCUUGAGCAUUGGUGAUGACAGUCUUCAAGAAAUUAAUAUCAAUAUGGAGUCAGUUUUUGAUUGUAGUGAUACUGUACAAGAUGAGAAAAUGGAAGAGCAAACUAAAAUCCUUCAAAACGGCUUCAAUCGGGAAGACAGCAGCUGCAGUAACUGUAACCAGGAGUUAAAUAAAAAGCCCCAGGGGGCAGCAAAUGCGACCACCUCAUGCCCUGUGACCCCGAAGAGAGCAGCUCUGCUAAAUGCAAUUCUUCACUCAGCAUACAGCGAGCCAUUUCUUCUGCCACACUUGAAGGACAUCCCUGCCAAACACAUCACUCUAUUUCUCCAGUAUCUGUAUUUCCUUUAUCUGAAGUGCAGUGGAAAUGCUCCCAUGACUCUUCCUGGAACACACCCUCCAACCCUGAGCCAGAUCAUGGAUUGGAUAUGCCUUCUCCUAGAUGCUAAUUUUACUGUUGUCCUAAUGAUACCAGAAGCAAAAAGGUUACUGAUAAAUCUUUACAAGUUUGUGAAGUCCCAGAUAAGUGUCUAUUCUGAGCUCAACAAGAUAGAAGUAAGUUUUCGAGAGCUACAGAAAUUGAAUCAAGAGAAGAAAAAUAGAGAUUUAUAUUCAAUUGAAGUGCUGGAACUCUUCUGAUAGCCCGUUUUCUUGAGAAAGCUCUCCUGGUACUUUGGUGUGAGUCUCCUGCUCCUGGGAAAUGAAGUUCUGUUUCUGACCUCUAGGUGUGAGUAUGGGGCCACCGCAGCUUGGGGCUUCUCCAUGGUUACCCAGGCCACAUGGGAGACUCUUACAGACCACCGACUUUGUGGGGCCGGGGAGAGCUUGUGAACUUUUUUUUAAUAUGUGAAUGAGCUGCUUUUAAGUAAACUUAUUUGUAUACUGA